AUGCCAGCCGAUGGACCAAGCGAACACUUAAGUUUCGAAGAACGAUUGAAGAAGAUUAAUCUUCAACAGUGUAUUUCGUGGUUGGCAACCUCUUGGGAGGAGAUAUCUGACAAAACUAUACGUAAUUCGUGGAAGAAAUUGAUCGAUGGUUUGCCGGAGGAUGCUGUUAAUGUAGACUCGAAAGCGGCCGAUGAUGACUUCAAAGCGCUUGUGUCCAGGAUUGACAGUUUGGCAGGAACAAAAACAUCUGAGCAAGAUAUUGAUCUGUGGAUCAAAGAUCAGGUGUAUGAUGCUGAUCAUAAUCCAGAUUGGGUAACCAGUGAAGUGUUCUCUGAUGACGAGAUUUUGUCAUCAGUUCUCAAGAAAGAUCAACCUGAAAUGCAAGAAGAAUGGUUGGUAGACACAGAAGAUGGAAGUAAUUCGUUUGAUACUUCCAUUACUAGUACCGGAGAUCCUGAUUUUGGCGAUGCAAUCAAGUCAAUUGAUUGCCUAGUUCGCUAUAUGAAGCAUGAUGUUGCAGAAGUAUGCCGUUUGAACGCGCUACGUUCGAAAAUCACUGAAUGGCUAAAACGAGCAUGUUGA